AAAUUGAGUUUAUUAAUGGAUACUAGGAAAGCAGGGAAGCAAGGAUUGUUCAGAGGGAGAACAAGGAGUGAGCAAAACAGAAGCGGGAAUAAGCGUGGCUGGACUCGAACUCAGGACCCGGACUUGGACUGGGAACGCGGGACUUGGGACCCGGACUUGGACUGGGAACGCGGGACUUGGGACCCGGACUUGGACUGGGAACGCGGGACUUGGGACCCGGACUUGGACUGGGAACGCGGGACUUGGGACCCGGACUUGGACUGGGAACGCGGGACUUGGGACCCGGACUUGGACUGGGAACGCGGGACUUGGGACCCGGACUUGGACUGGGAACGCGGGACUUGGGACUGGGAACUCGGAGCCUUGGACUUGGAACUCGGAACUCAGAACACAGAGCCGGGAUUCUUCUUGGAGCCGGGACUCUUCCUGAGCGCAGAACACAGAGCCGGUACUCUUCUUGGACACAGAGCCGGGACUCUUCUUGAAUACAGGACACAGGACACGAAGAGACAGUUCCCAACCUAGAGUAGCGGCCAAACGACCAGACCUACUCAGCAGAGACGAGAACACGAAGAGACAAUUCCCCACUCAGGGUAGUGACAAAAUGGCCGUACCUACUCAGCGGAGACGAGGACACGGAGAGACAAAACCACACAACAAUAGACAGCUCUUUAUCUUGACACGAAAUGGCUCCAAGUAGCGGCAAGCUCUCGACUCGGUCCCGGAACUACAUACAGCGGCUCUUGACUCACUUCAGCGGGUUAACUUGAUGGACUCACUCCGGCAAGGUAGUUUAGUGGCUCGCUCAGGCGCGGUAACUUGACGGGUGGCUCCGGCGAGGAGAGGCAACUUACUGGCACUCGCUUCGAGGAGAAGAGUCAACUUGCUCCAGCGAUGUGACUUGCUCGCACCUGCUUUGGUGACGUGAGGUGAUGUCCGGUGAUGAUCUGGCGCCGAGUAGCUGUAAGCCAGACACUAAUUACUGAGAAUCAAGUGCCUUUAAUUAAAGAGCCCAAGAAACACAGGGAAGCAAGGAAUUAAAGGAAAACAAGAAGUCAACGGUCCCAAUCGUGACAGAAACAAAGAAAAUUUAAAGGGAACAAGGGAAUAACCGAUCAGGACCAUGACAGUGCCCCCCCCCCCGCCGCCCUACCUCCCAAUGGGAGCCUCCAGGCGAUCGAACUGGCUUGCCCGGAUUAUCAACGACUCAGGCAGGUGGAGGGGGUUUUGGCCAGCGGGCAAAACUGGCUAAUAAAACAUUGACCUUUUGUAACUGUCGUUGUAAUUGCACAAUUUUGCUAAACUGAUACCUGGAAACUUUGAGUCACUUUCUUGAAUUCUACAAGGUGCACUCUGGGCAGGAUCCGAGUAGGGGACUCUGGCUAGCGAGAGUUUGAAAAACAGUGUUUGUGUCUGCUGGGUCCAUGUUUGUCUAGAUCAUUCUAUCACAAGUGCGGAGAAGUCACCUUGCCAGUGCGAGCCAAGUCACAUCGCUGGAAUAAAUCAAGUCUUCUCCCUGAAGCCAGUGCCAGUAAGUCGCCUCUCCUCGCCGGAGCCAGCCUGUCAAGUUACCGCGCCUGAGCAAGCCUGCUAUGCUACCUCACCAGAGCGGGUCCGUCAAGUUAACCUGGUGGAGUGAGUCUAGUGCCGCUGUCUGUAGUUCCAGGACGAGGUGAGAGCUCACCGCUUCUUGGAGCCACUUCAUGCCAGGAUAAAAGAACUGUCUAUCGUUCUGUGGUUUUGUCUCUUCACGUCCUCAUCUCUGCUGGGUGUGUCCGGCUGUUUUCCGCUACUUUGAGUUGGGAACCAUCUCUUUGUGUCCUCGCCUCCGCUGGAUCAUCCAGCAGUGCAUGGGAUUUAAAGGAACAAAUUUGGAGAGAAACCACAGACUGUGGCAGAAACAUAAGGUUGUAAAGCAGUCUCUGGGAGGCAGCCAGGUAAUGGCAAAGACAACUUGUUCCCCAACGUUGAAAGCCAUGAAGGCCAGGCUGAGAGAGAAGUAGAGAAAAUACGCCAGUGAGGAGGUUUGGGAGUGUGUGCGAGCAACUGCACUCGGCUCGACCAGUGAAGCGGACGGGGAGACUGAGACACACGUCAAUGUGUGGAACUUCUCUCAACUCACUCUGCUCGGAAGUGAAGCUACACCCUUUCCGAGAAUGGGGCGGGACGAGGACUGUAACACUUUAUUACCGGAGCUGAAUUCGAAACCAAUACAACAGAACAACAGCUUUCACCUAACCCAACUGUCUGAACAUGGAAGUAGUGAAAGGUAAAAUUGAAAUAACAGGCUUGGAGAUGCCAGAAACAUGCAGGAGUGAAAAUGAAACUAUUUCACCACUUCACCAAGUUAGGACCUAUGAAGUAUUUGAAGGAGAUAACCUACAUGAAGACAAAGAGGAGAUCUAAGCGCCCAACCACUCUGCACAUUUGGUGCUGGGAUUACCGGAUUGUCACACAGGCCAGACUGUGAGAAACAGCCAUCAGAAAUGGAAGGAGCAAGCUCCAGUCAACAGGUGGAUGAGUCUGAGAGUGCCAUGUUCUUCACAAAGGAAGAGCUCAACAAACUGAAGUCUGACUUUGAAACAGGCGGUGUAGAGAAAGUUAAAACUCUGAUAGAGAAGAAGCUAGUGGAACUGGAUAAGACAGAGCUUAACAUCGCAGUGACAGGAGAAACAGGUACAGGAAAAUCCACCUUCAUCAAUGCCAUGAUAGGACUUCAGAACACUGAUCCGAGAGCAGCUAAAUCUGGAUACAAAGAAACAACAAAGGAGGCAACUGGGUACCCUCAUCCCAGUCAGUCCAAUGUCCGCUACUGGGACCUGCCAGGGAUCGGAUCCGUAAACUUUCCAGCUGGUGAAUAUUUCAAGAAAAUGAAAUUUGAAAUAUAUGAUUUCUUCAUCAUAAUAUCAGCUGAUCGUUUCAAAGAAAAUGAGGGAAAACUUGCUGAAGAGAUUAAAAGGCUCGGGAAAAAAUUCUAUUUUGUCCGCACUAAGAUUGAUGCUGUAUUUUAUUCAAUGAGAAUGGAAGGGAAGAAAAUUAAUGAGGAGGAAGUGCUGGAGGAUAUUUGGAGUGAGUGUGUCAAUAAUUUGAGAGAAGUGGGGAUUCUGACCCCGUCUGUGUUCCUGAUAUCCAGUUUUAUACAGGAUCAAUAUGAUUUCAAUCGUUUAAAUAAAACACUUGAAGAUGAUCUGCCGAAUAUAAAGAAAAGAAUCUUUGUCCUGGCCUAUCCAAACCGAAGUGUGGAGAUUGUUCAGCAGAAAGGCAGGAUGCUGCAGAAACAUAUCUGGAUGUUGGCAACGCUUUCUGGAGCUGUGGGAGCAGUCCCCAUUCCUGGUCUCUCCCUUGCCUGUGAUGUAAGCAUACUGAUUGGGGCAAUAAUCCAUUUCCGUAAAUGUCUGUGUCUGGAUGAAGCUUCUCUUCAAAGACUGGCCAACAUCACAGAUAAAUCUGUGGAAGAGCUUAAGGCCGUAGUUAAAGCUGCCCUGUUGGAGAAGAUAGAUAGACAUACAAUUACAAGAUUAGGUUGGGGAGCUGCAGUUACUGUUGUUUCAGCUUUUGAAGUUGGUCUUUACUCCAUCCCUGUCAUUGGUUCCAUUUUUGGAGCAGGAUCAUCAUUUCUCAUGACCUACGCAAUACUGACCGAUGCACUGAAGGACCUUACAGACAGUGCAGUGAGGGUGGUGAAGGUUGCAUAUGGUAUUGAUUAACUGGUCAGCACCAACAUCAAUGCAAUGAACUAAUAUUUAAGAGGCCUGUCACUAAACCCUGCUGUAAUUCUACUUGAAAACUUCCCUCUUUGUUGUUUUCCUUCCUGAAAUUUUGCUUAUCCAUUUCUGAGGAACACUUGUGCCUGACUGAGGGAGUGUGACUCCGUUAAAGACAUGAAACAGGUGGACAUAAAUGACAUGUGAUCCUAAUUUGAAGAGGAGCCGAGAAGUUAUCUCCAGGUAUCUGAAGGAUGCUCACCUGUCAAUCAAUAGCCCAGUGUCAGACUGAUUGGACAUUAUAAGGUCACAGUGUUUGCAGUAUUACUGUGUCCAAACUAGUGGCUGUGUUUUCCCUUCAAUAUCUGUAAAGAUCUGAUUGUGAUGUCAUAUAAAAGGCAAUGGAAAGGCAUUGCAAGAAAUCAUUAAAAAAUGGGCUCCAAACAGAAGCACAACUCACAUUUAAAAGAGCUGUUGAAAUCACGAGUUCAAAGGGAGAAGCAGACAGAGACAAAAUUGAGUUGCGCUUAGGAAUGAAAGUGAGUGUCAACAAAAUUGCAAUAUCUGACCAAUCAAAUUGUGUUACCAUUGUGGCAAUGGCUCACAUACACCAGACCAUUGCAUGCUUAAAGGUGAAACUUGCUUAAAAUGCAACAAAGUAAGUCACAAAGCAUGUCCUGCAGAGAAGACAAAAUGAUAAAAAGAAGUUGCAGUUUCACAAAGAGCACUAGUCUGCAUGUUGUUCAUGAAAAAUCUGACUGACAAUAAUGAGAGUGACACAGGACUGAGUAGCCUUACAAUGUGAAAACUAAGAAGAGACAGCAAUAAGACUUACACUAGAAUUAAACAGCAAAUUAAUUAAAAUGCAAUUGGACAAUGGCUCAGCUGUUUCAGUCAUUUCACAAAAUCAGAUUGAAUGACAUCGCAGAGAUUCUGAACUGAAGCCUGCAAACAUUCAACUGAGAACUUAUACUGGAGAAAGAUCACUCCAGUGGGAGUGACAAUAAGCAACAAGGCACAUUGAGUUUGUAUGUGGUGAAAACAGCGGGGCCAGCAUUGUGAGGAUGAGUGGCUGAGCUAACUGCAACUUGAUUGAAAAAAUAUCCACCAUUUGCAUGCCACAUCCUCUACCAUAGAGCCAAAUGGAAAUGAAUUAAGAAAGAUUCUGGAUGAUGUGUUCAAGGGUGGCAUUGGAAAACUCAGACAUAUCAACAAUAAAAAAGCGUUAUGCCACACAACAAAGCCCAUCCAGCUCCAUAUACCAUCCAUGAUAAAAAAAAUCAGGUGAGCUAGAUUGGCUGGAAGCUGGAUAAGUAUUCUCAAGGUUGAGCUCACGGGCAACAGCUGUGGUUCCAGUUGCCAAGAAGAAUGGGACUGAUAGGAUAUGUGGUAAUGUUAAGGUCACCACCUACUUAGACCAGAAAGUAGAUCAAUACGCCCUGCCCAGGAUAGAGGAUAUCUUUGCAAACCUUUCUGGAGGGAAGCAUUUCAGCUGUGAACUUCACAGAGACUGAUGGUGACAUCAGACACUGUACUCACACAUUAUGAUUCACCUGAUCUAGUGAAGCUUGCCUGUGAUGCCUCGCCUUAGAGUACAGGUACAGUCAAAUGGAAUGUUAUGAGUGAUGGAAGUGAACGCUCUGUAGCUUUUGUGUCACGUUCCCUGACCACAGCAGAGAAAAUAAUGCACAGAUUGACAGAGAGGCCUUGAGUCUGAUUUGGGGUGUAAAAUUGUACAACCACGACCUGUAUGGGAGAGAGUUUACCAUCGUUACUGAUUAUCAACCACUGGUAUCCAUUUUCAAUCCACAGAAGGGUAUUCCACUAACUUCAGCAGCACAAAUGCAAAGAUGGGCUCUGAUUCUUGGAGGACACAAUUCCAAGAUUGAAAUCAAAUCGAUGACAAAUUAUGGAAAUGCUGAUGGAUUGCCCAGUUUACACUUGGAAAAGGAACCACCUAAAAACAAUUUGGAAAAGAGGACACUCCCCUUAAUUAGGGCAAAGCACAUCUGAUCUGGCACCACCCAGCUACAAAUGGUUUAGUGGAGAGGUUUGUCCAGAGUCUGAAGACUGCACUGCGAUCAAUGUCAGCAGAACACACUGAAUCUGCUACCGAAAACAUGUGGCAGCUCUCUAGUCAUUUAAAGUGCAAGAAAUCCAACUAAAAACAUCAGAAAUUACCCCUUUUCUGAAGUAAUUUGUGGUAUAUUUGCACCACCAACAAUGAAGAGGCAUGCAAGGCAAAGCAAAUUGUAUUUGAGGGAUGAACUGUACUAGUACUUUGCAGAAUUCACCCCAAUGUAGUGAGCCAUUCGGAGAGAAGAAUUCGAGGCAGAGGAGUUUUGAGACCCAUGCAACUGGCCUUGUUGCGAGGUUAGAUCGCUCCGGGCAUCGAGCCAAUUUGGAGAAAUCGAGAGUGGCUUUAGACUGGGCAGCGAAAUAUGGGCAUGGAGCGAGUCGCUAGGCAGCGUGGUCUAGGCCCGGAGCCUUUUGCUGCUGCAGCUUUGCCUGGGUCCUAGUGCGAGGUAUGAUACACUGGUUGGACAAUUAAACAAAGGCCCAGAUAUACUGGAAAGACAGGGUGUCGGGAUUGAAGGUGAGAGCCAAUAUCACUCGCUGUCCUGUGAUGUCCGCUCCUCUUCAUGGUGCUGAGGCUUUGAAGACUGCCCUGGAGCUGUGAUCUGUACCUGCUAAUAUAAUGAACUGACCUACUCUGGGCUGCUCUGGGGUUUGGAGUGAAGGACUCACUUUGGUUCAGAAUGCUGUUGCUCAGUUCUAAUGUUUGCAUGUUUUGUGUUUUUUUCCUCCCUCUCUCUGUGCAUCAGGUGUUGGUCUUUAUCUGAUUUUCCUAUCAUUGGGUUCUUUCAGGUCCCUUGCUUUGUGGUUGCCUGUAAGCAAACAAAUCUCAAGAUCGCAUGAUUCAUACAUUCUUUGAUAAUAAAUGUACUUUGAAACUUGAAUCAGAAACUCACCAAUUUCCUCCUUGUAUGUCAUAAUGCAACACACUCCACAACCGACAACUCACAGCUAUUAUGUGGAUGUCUAUAGAGCAGUUGUAUUCUGUAGUAAACAGUGUGUGUGUGUGUGUGUGUGUGUGUGUAUUUGAUUAAUAUUGCAAAUAUGUUGUUUGAUUAUGAAUUCUUUGUUUUUAUUUAAUAAUUAGUUACGGGUUAUACGUAAUAGUGCUUGAAU